ACUUCAAAAUGGUUCCAGUGUCAGUGAGAUGGAUAACGUGGGCAGUGUUAGUGAUGGGACUGAUUGCUCAAAUUAGUGGCCAAACGGAUUACUGUGAUCCCACGUUAUGCAAAAACAACCUAGUUCAUGUAGGAUGUGGCAAAAACGAAAACUUUGGUCCUUACUGCCCCGUCAAUCGACAGCUGGUGCCGAUCACGGAGGAAGUUAAGACCUUCAUCCUGGAUCUGCAUAACGUGUUUCGCUCCGAUGUGGCACGUGGUGUGGUUACUAAUUAUGCUGCAGCCUCCCGUAUGCCGACUCUGAUUUGGGAUAACGAGUUACAGAAGCUGGCCGAGUACAACGUUAAAACCUGUAUUUACGGACACGAUUACUGUCGCAAUACAAAACUUUUCCCACUGGUUGGCCAAAACAUAGCUGCUAACUCAUUCUACGGAAUGGAGGUGACCCCGCUUGACACCAUGACCGAACUGCUGUACAGUUGGUACGGCGAGAACGAGAAUGCCAACCAGGAUUACAUUGAUUCAUAUCCCCUGCUGGGGCAUGAUCCACCGAAGGAUAUUGGACACUUCACGCAGAUUGUUAUGGACAAAGCGACAGCUGUAGGCUGUGCCAUGAUACAGUACACCCAAACCGAUCAGGGGCACGAUUGGGUACAUCAGAACUACGUCUGCAACUAUUCCAACUCAAUCGCACGAGGACAUCCGGUGUAUGUGAAGGGUGAGUCGUGUGAAUUGUGCGUUACCGGUUGCAGCACGGCUUACCCAGGUCUGUGCAACAUCGGUGAACCAGUUCAACCCACGGCAGCUUGGUGAAAGUAAUGCACUUCUUUGUGCUGACAGAGUGUAGUGCAGGCGGAUACCGAUUGAUGAAUGAUCAUGAGCUUUUCUAACAUUUAUUUAUUAUAAAAAUUACCACAUUCCCUUUAACUCACCCAUUCAUCUGCAUACU